AAUCAUGGCGUUCACGUUUGCUGCGUUUUGCUACAUAGCCGCUCUUAUUUUUACUGCUGUGCUUAUAUUCUUCGUGAUAUUCCACAUAAUUGCAUUUGACGAGUUGAAAACAGACUACAAGAAUCCUAUAGACCAGUGUAACAGCUUGAAUCCGCUUGUGUUGCCUGAAUAUGCAAUACAGAUUCUCUACACAGUGCUGUUUGUGUUUGCCUGGCAGUUGGGGACUGUUCUCUUCAACCUGCCGCUGUUAGUGUAUCAUGUCAGAAGAUACAUGAACAGACCUGUCAUGAGCUCACCUGGUCUGUAUGACCCCACAACAAUAAUGAAUGCAGAUGAACUAAAUCGAGCACAGAGAGAAGGCUGGGUGAAACUGGCAUUUUAUCUGAUAUCAUUCUUCUAUUACCUUUACAGUAUGAUAUAUGUCCUGGUUUCCAACUGAGGAUGUGCUUGGUGUGGCGUGAAGAGGACAGCCAGUGUUUGUGUGAUGCAGAUGUUGACAUGGAAGUGACAAGUUGUCUGUGUAAAGUUAUGUUAGGGCUGACACAAGAUGGAAUCACAACAUUUAUCAUCAGAUAAUGUAGGCAGGAUAUUGUGCACAAUGCACAAAGGUUUGAGAACACAUUGAACAUGCUGUGACUUUAGGCUCUACUCUUAAGCUUGAGUCAAGUAAAAAGUAUUUCAUUCAAGUAGAUCUUUGCUAUUAAAGGUCCAUACAUUAACUCGAAAAUCUACUGAAAAUGAUAUCAGGUGAAGUCAGGCUAUGAGGUUAUUUGGCACAGACUGAAUUGUACUUUUUAAGUGAGGUCAUGUUAGUGGUGUCAUAUUUGUUUGUUUGAUUAAUGUUACAUCAUCUUAAAACUCUUCUAUAUUUACGUCAUCUUAAAGCCAGACUUCAGUUGUUCACUGUACCGGUAUACUGGGACCUUAACUUGUCAUAAAGCAUUUGACUAAGUAAGUGUAUAUUUGGUUUAAUUUUUCGAGGUUGUUAUUAAAAUACACAGUAGGUACGACUAGUCACGAGCAGUUCAGAUCUUCUAGCAAUGACUCCCACUGUAUACAAUAAUGCUUUACCUGAACUGACUGUGACAAGAUAUAUAAAGUUACGAUUGUGCAUUGUUUGUGUUAAUUUGAUUUCCUUUGUCACUAUAGUACCAGGUUUGUGUCCUAGAUUUAUGCAGAGUGUGAUAAUUGGUCUGUCACCAUUCUGUGGGGAGUAUGGAGAUCAGGAUAUGAAUACCCCAAGAAGAUUACAGUGUGGAUUUUUUGUCUGUUUAUGUGCACCAUGUUCCAUGUGGCCACAGUGACAAAUGGUUGUGACUCAACCAGCGUUUGUUAAGUUCACAUAACAGGUUCGUUUAGACUAAUCGUGUAAUGCUCUAUGUGAGAGGCAUUAAGGUAAAUACAGACCAGUAGUUAUCUAGUCUGAUGCUCAUGUCAUUGAUCACUGGCUUGUCUGGUCCAGACUCAGUUAUUUACAGACUGCUGCCAUGUAGCUGGAAUAUUGCUGAGUGCGACAUUAAACAACAAUUAAACCAAACCCUAGUUAUCAGUUAUUGUAACUCUUGCACUUUUGGAAAAGAAUCACACAUUAAAAUAUGAAUUCCUAAAUGGGUAGAUGUUUCCCAAAGUCAGGUGUAAGUGUGUGUCUUAUAAGACUGUUAUCCCUUUUAACAGUGUUAUAGUGACUGACGCCACACUUAAUCUUCACAUCAUAUGAUCAUAUGUAAAUAAAGGUGAAGCAAACUCUUUAGUCCAUCUUCUAAUGUUGUAUGUCUAACUUGAUGAUACUUGAGAUUUCAAUGGAUUGCUCAAAUGGCUUUUCCCUAAACUGACCCACCUUUUGUAUUGUUCUGGUGCUUUUCACAUUCUUACAUAUAGCUUUUUGUUACACGAUGUGUGUUUUGUGUUGUCAAGGAAGCUGUAGGUGGUAACAUUGGGGAUAGGUAGUGGGUGUGGUUUUGAAGAGGGUCGGUCUUGGAACAUAAAAUCUAAAAUCUAAGUGCUUGACCUACUUCAACUUUCAUGGUAGUUCAUUUUGCUAACAUGUUUUGUGUUCACUAAAUAGUCAAGUCUGGUCGAGACAGGUUUAGAUUAAAUUUUACUAAUCCAUGCAAUUAGGAUGCAACAACAUACGAACAACCAAUUCACCAAGCCGGACUACCUGAUACAUUUAGUCACAUCUCAUGACAAGCUUAGAUUGCACGAGGACCUUUAUUCUUACCCCGGAUUCUCACAGCUGUGAAAAAAGCAAAUUUACAGACCAUGAUACAUGGGGAGCAAUCAGAACACUAGAAUCCCUCUAUUGCUGACUCAGAAACAAAAUCACAAUACAAUGAGAGUUGCAAAAGAAAGCGGUGGAAUUUGUAAGGUAGUGAAAUGGAUAUAUAUCAGCAUACUUCCUCUUGAGGAAAGGGAAUAUAGGUUAUCACGCGAGUGUGUUUUGGGAUGGUUAAUAUCCUGCAGAAGGAAUAAUCAUUGUAUUUAGCUAGCCUUGGCGAGCUAAACACAUAGUGUUUAUUCCUAAUGCAGGAUAUUAACCAUCCCAAAACACAAGUGUGAUAACCUAUUUAUCAUACGUCAUUUUUGCUUUAUAAUUUAAAAAAAUGAGAUUUCAAAUGAAAUACUGGCUAUUGCAAUGUGAGUCACACUUUCUGAAAACUACAUUGUUCUUCAAAGCAGAAGAUAGAUUGUUUUCUGAUUGACGGCUUAACAAUGUCACUUGUCAUGUUAGUAGCUAGAUGCAUAUCAUGUGAUAUACUGACUUCUUCCAAUAUGUCCAAUGCAAUUAAUCAAAUGUAGUUUCAAAAUUAAUAGCACCUUCCAGGUAAUUUUCCCCAUUGAUGUGUCAGGGUGUGUCUAUAUUUUUGUAUUGUCUGUGUGUAUGCAGUGGCAUAGUUCCAUAUCCCAGUGCUUAUAUUCCAUUUACUGCCAAAUCAGAAGAUUGGCUCUUGUGAAGUAGAUAACCAGUGCUUUGUCAGUGAACAGGAAGUUGUGACAUAUGUCAAAAAUGUAUUUGAAUAUGUAUUUUGUAUUGUAUCAAGUGUACUGUGCUCAGCGUCGGGAUGACAUCUGAAGACUGUCUUUUGAUUGGUGUAUGAGAGUAAAGUUAAGAUCUACUGCCAAAGUUGGUUCAUGAUAACAGAAGUGAAAUCAUGAGCCUCUUUAAUUGUUGUUUUCGGUUUCUUUAAAGCAUUUUAAACACAUGUAUCAGCAAUCAAAAAUGUAUUUGAAUAUGUAUUUUGUAUUGUAUCAAGUGUACUGUGCUCAGCGUCGGGAUGACAUCUGAAGACUGUCUUUUGAUUGGUGUAUGAGAGUAAAGUUAAGAUCUACUGCCAAAGUUGGUUCAUGAUAACAGAAGUGAAAUCAUGAGCCUCUUUAAUUGUUGUUUUCGGUUUCUUUAAAGCAUUUUAAACACAUGUAUCAGCAAUUUCUUCCUGAGAGUUUAUGUGAUAUUAAGGACUUCUGCAUUUUGAUGUUUUAGUCCAAACGUAUAGGACUUUCCAAUUGAAAAUAUGAAGAAUUAUCACUCUCUGUCUUCACAGUUUUGCAUAAAUAUAUAAUGAAUUGCAUUUAACCUUUUAAAAUAUUCUAGAGAUUAAAAUGUGUAGGUAUAUUAUGUGUAGGUAUAUUAUAGUUUCAAUAUAUCCGAUGUCCUUAUUUUGUAGAAAAUGUUUAAAAAUGAGCACAUUUACAUAUAUUCCUUAAUUUGUUUUUGGCAGUGACAUUCCACUGAUUAUGUCAUUCAGUGCUGUGAUGUCAUGACGCCAUUACUAAAAUUGUAGCAACACUGCUCUACUUGACUUUUGCUACAAACAACAUGUGACAGUUGCAAACCAUGUUCUUUACUAACUUUGGCAAUUUUAUGUUUGGAUUUUUUUUUAUUUUAGUAGCAAAAACACUCCCAGUACAGAACCAUCUGAGUUGGUCCAUGAUCACAAAAGCAUGGCAGACAUCCUAAAAAAGAUUCCACUUUGGCUUUAGUUACUAAUUAUUUUUGUAAAAUCUUGUCAGUGAAACAGGAAUGAUUGUAUUAUAGUGGAAUAUAUGUUUAUUAAGUUAUGUAGGCACACUUCAGUGAGGGAAAAGUAUUAGGUGCAGAUAGUUUGGUGGUUUCACCACCUACAGAGUGAUGUACUGGUAGCGCUGAUGUUUGUUGGUAUGUGUGUUGAGGGGAAUGUACAGUAAGCAUUGGUUAAUCUAGAUAACCAAGUCAUGUACAGUGACACAUUUGUUUAUACACUUUGUUUCUGUGGUUGUUAUUACCUCUAUUUACUCAAGGCAAUGUACAUUUAACUUGUUUCAUCUGUGCUUGGUUUUGUAGACAUUUAGUUUAUAUUAAUAUUUUAUCAUUUUUCCCAGUUGGCUAUUUUCAGUUCUGUAUUACUGAUAAUUAUUUUUGAUCUCAGGUCUAUGUUUUGGGAGCCUUUUGUUAAUUACUCAACAGAAAAGUGAAUUCCACUUCACCACCUUGUCUCACACUGUUAAGUCUUCUUGCUUUUCUGUUUUCAACCUAGGUUUGUGUACGAUUGAAAACUACCAGUUCUGAUACUUUAGCCUUGCUUAUUAUGUUUGUCUUCAUUUUAAUGACUCACACUUCUACAUGCCUUUUUGCUGCCAAAACCUUGGAGUUGUUUCAUGUUUCUUUGCUUUGCCUGUAAUGUGUAUGUUGCACAUUUAAUGGUGAAGAGAAAGAUAGUAGAAAGGAAAAAAGAAACCAAUGAAAACUAGUCGGGUUGUUUGCAGAAAAUUGCAAACUAAUAAUCUGAUAAUAAUCAGCACAACUCUUUUGGUGGUUUUUGAGAUUUUGAGAAAUCAAAGAAUGACAACUAGUUUUCCUUACCUUCAUACAUACCUCCAUACAGGGCAAGUUCUAUAAAGUGAAUGUCAAGGUUAUUCUGAAUAUAAAAUGACCAUGAAUAAACUUCACUUUCAGUGAUGGGAAAUGGUGUCCUUCACUGCUCAGAUAUUGUUAGUUAUGCUUCAGUGGUAUCCUUGUUUGAUUGAACAUUAGCCAUGUAACCAGAAACAGGCAAGUUUAACAUUUAGGAGAGGUCAGCUUUAGAACUUGUGGAAUUCUUUGUUAUUUUCAUAUUUGGUCCAUUGGUGAAGUCUAGUGAUUGGUUCAUUCUCUCUGGACAGUGGUUAGUUUAGGACAUAAUUACAAAUGUAUUCUGAUCAUUAUUCAUGCCAUCAGGUGAAAAUAAAUAGCUGAUACUUGUGUAGCUUAAAGGAAACAUACAAUAUAUGAAAGGAGAGAAAUUCAUUUUUCUGAUCAUCCUUGAUUUACGAGUGUGUUAUGUCUUUGUUUAUAUAUACCCUUGACCAUAGCUUCAUCUUGAGACAGAUUCAAACGUCAUGACACUUAGAAGCGAGAGAAGCUAUGUGCCAUGUUAGAGAUAGGAGCAAUGGAGGUUGUAACGUUAUUUUCAGAGAGGAAGUUGGUUGUGAAUGGCUCAUCCAAGAAAAUGGAGGGAUGAUAAACCUGAUAAUCCAGGAUGAUUUGUUGUUAUACAAUAGAAGAUUUCCUGCAUGUAAGACGUAUAUAGUAUGGAUACCACUGCCAAGUACAUGUAUCACGCUUUUGCACUUGUCUGCUGUAAUAAACUUUUUUCGAUAUAAUAUUUACAAACAAUAAAACAUGAAUUUCAUCUUAAUUUAAAACUAAAAUGAGUUUUGAAUAUCCUCCAGUGCAAGCCAAAGAUCCUACAUCUAAAUAUACAAAUCACUUUAGAAAGAUAUGUAAUUAAUGCCUAUGCAGGGUGAAAAUAAUGUUCUCUAGUCCAGUUUGAAUAGAUUUUAUGCUCAGCUGUUUUAUUCUGUUUCUUUACUAAUGGUAAAAGCUCCUCUUUGUGUCAUUAUCACUUGGUGAUGAACCAAUUUGAUUUCAGCUUUCUGAACUUUAAUUGUCUUAAGUCUAAUUUAUGUAAGUUAUUAAACCACUUUCAAUUGGAAUGACAUAUGAACAAUGCUUCAACAUUUGAACAAUUCUUUUUGCAGUUUUAAUAAAGAAAUUUUUAACAA